GUUGCUUGCCCCUCCCCCCCCCCGCUGUCUCGAAUUUCGUCUACUCGGCGACUACUCAAACCGACAGCUUCCGUGGAUGUCCGCUGCUGGUGACGCUCAUCUCACGAGUCCGAGUCAUGUCAGCAGGACAAGCACAUCCUCAAGCUCUCUAAGGACGCAGGUACGAAGACACACAGUCGAGACCCCCAAAGGCCACGAUGCAAGCUGGGAAACGACUUGCUCCAAGCAGACCAAUUUCAAAGGCGUCACAUAAACGCCAGAAGCCAAGUCUUGAUGCUGACGAUUCUGAGACGAAUUUGGUUAAAGAGGUCCACGAGUGGUUCACGGAUCCAUUGAACGGAGGCUGGCUGAACCCUGAUGUUUACAUAACUCACAACAAGACGAGCGGCUUUCAUGUGCGAGCUUCUUGUAAACUCUCCUCUCCCACUGUCGCUGUCUGUCCUCUCAAGCUUACGCUUUCCUACCUCAAUCUCGACCACACUCGAGACCAUGUUCAUCAUGUUGAGAGUCCACUUCAGAAGUGCCUUGGCAAAUUGCCCAAUCAUGUGCUAUCGUACCUUGUCCUCAUCGAACAGCGCAGCCUGGAGAGACAUUCGCACUGGUUCCCGUACAUUGCCUGUCUGCCAUCUCCUGCAGAGAUGAACACUCCCGUCUGGUUCUCUGAAGAAGACCUGAAAUACCUCGAAGGCACUAAUCUUGUCCAAGCAACUUCUGAGAAGCACAUUCUCUGGCAGAAUGAGUGGAGGGAAGCACUGUCUACCCUGAAGGAAGCGGGAAUAAGCGUCCUGGAAAUCUCCAAAUAUGAUAUAGUUUCGUUCAAGUGGGCAGCGACAAUCAUGAGCUCCCGCUCGUUUGCAUCCAUGCGCGUUUUGCCCCACAUUGAGAACAACCCGAUACUGUUUCCCGUUGUAGACUUUCUUAAUCAUUGUAUGGAGGCCAAGGUCGAUUGGGAUUUUAGUCAGCAGAGUGCAUUUUCUCUCAACAUCCUCGACGAAAUCGAGGCUGGGGCAGAGAUUUUUAACAACUAUGACCCGAAAAGAAACGGAGAGCUGCUCUUAGGUUACGGCUUCUGCGUUCCAGGCAGCCUGGUCGACGCAUACGCCGUCAAGAUCCGCAUUCCAGAUGAAAUCCGCCCUUUACUGCAAGCAGAAGAGUGGUCACCAGACGAACUAGAGGAUGCUGAAGGUCAACCUCACUUCUUACUUGCUCGAGACUACCUAUAUCCACGCCAUGGUGGCAAUGGUCAGGUUGGCAACAUCCCACCCUUCCUUCGAGGCAUCCCCCCGUUCUUGACAGAUAUUACCUGGCUGCGGCUCAUGCAUGAACGAAAUAUCAAGCCCCGGUUAGAACUACAUCCCACACGUAAUGGAAGGAUACUAGUAGCUAUCAUUUACCGGCUCCUCGCUGCUAUGAAGACUCUAUGCGACAAAGUAUCAGGCUCCUAUGCGCUUCCUCCGCCACAAAACCCGAGGCAAGUGUUCGCAAAGAUGUAUAGCGACGGCCAAUUAAGGGUUGUUGAGUCUAUCCACAAAGAACUAAAUGCUGUAUUGUACAAGAACACGAUCAUGAAUGGAGACACAGUGGGUGGACCUAAAAUUAUCACUGUCAUGGAGGCCUUUUCUCAGCUCGAAGCCGACUUCCCCAUGCAGUACCAGGGUUUCAUAAAAGGCAUUUCGAAAUUUUGUCAGCUUGUCGCCGAGGAUUUUGAUGAAGUUGGGAAUAGCGACUGUGAAGACGAGAUGUGGAUGUAUACGCUCAUUUUCUUUUUCGCGAUCGCCUUUGAAUCUAAAACGACUCAGAAGUCAAAAAGUACCAUUGACAAGUGGAUCCAAGACCUUCUUACCUACUAUCCCUUAGCAGACUUAUCCUCCCCACCCAUCACCGAAGCCGCCAACGCUGUAAAUCAUCUUCAAUCAAGGCUCGAAUUCUCAAGCAAUUUCGACGACUGGAGUAAGCCUUGGGAGACUGUUGCGGCCCUCGACUCCCUAGGAAACCACGCAGAUCCCCCUAUAUCGCGGCUGAGAGAGAAGGUGAUUGUUUGGGCUGUGACGGUGGUGCAGGCUGAGGCUUUGAGGCUACCGGAUCAUGAAAGGCUGGAGGUGGAGAGGUAUUGCAUGUAUAUGCAUUGUAUCGGGGAGGAGGAAAAAUGGAUGCUUGAGGAUGUGACCGCAGAGGAGAUGCAGGAAUGAUGUUGUUCUGAGGACUGGGUGUGGAGGCAUAUUCUUAGGGCGGGUAAAGGCUUCGACAUUCACCCUUGGGGUAGAAUACUGCUAUCCUAUGACUUUCUCCUCGCGAUUUCGGUAAGAAUUAUGCGUGGCUAGGAUGAAGCUGCCAGUGUUCCGUGAUGUGCUUCCCACGAUCAGCUCGAGAGUGGAAAUGCUUGCUUUGUAGGGGCUAGCUGGAGAUUAGACUAGAC